UUUAAAAACAAACCGUUUGUACACAAUACACUUGAAUUGUUUUGACUUGAGAUUUUAUGUGACGAGAAUAAAAUGCUUUCUUUAUAAUAUUACACCAAGAAAAGUGUGAUUUGUAAAUAUAGGUAUCUAAAAUGACUUCAUUUGAAUUUAAUAUCCCACUAAAAAAGGAUGAAUUAUUAGAAUGUCACGCCGGACAGUAUCAUGUUGAAGAUGUAGUACAACCAAGAUUACUUUUGUCCAAAUUUCAAGAUGCUGCCCGUGCUUAUAAUUCGGAUGGAGUUGAUUAUAUACUUGAACACUUUGAUACUUACUUUUCAAUAAUAGUGCAUGGGACUAAACUUGAGUGGAAUGUUAUUAAUAAAGGGUAUGAACACAUACUGCGAACUGUUAAAAGCUUAUGUACUUUUUUGGAGCCUAUUCUUCAAGAGAAAGAAAUUGAAAGUGAUGUCCGUACUAAAUACUUGAAUGUUGUUAAGAUGACAUUGUAUUUAUUUACACAAAUAAUGAAAACUAAAGAUGCUAAAUUAGCCGCUGAUAAUUCCACAAAACUAACAUUAGGGAAAAAAGGCAAAAAGACAACUGAAGAAGAUGAUUUAUGUGGAUGGACAGAAUCUGAUAAAUUGAAUGCUUUGAUUUCCCUGCAUCAACUAUUGCAACAACCACUGUCACGCCUAUGGGACCCACCAUUAGCGGAGGAUAACUUUGUUUCUAUGGCAGUGGAGCCUUGUUAUGUGGCAUUGGAGGAUCAAAUUAUCAAAACAAAAACUGUCAGGGAAACUGUAUUUCAAAUUCUAGGAGUCUUGAUUAAACGAUAUAACCAUGGAACUGCUUGCAUUAUUAAAUUAGUUCAGAUUCUACAAAUGGUUGAGCAUUCAAUAUCACCAAUGUGUGCAGGUGUAGUUCAGUUAACAAAAGAUUUUAGUUUAGGAACUUUUGCCCCACAAAUGGUGCGUGAAAUAGCUGAAGCUUUGGCUUCUUCUGAAGAAGAGAAUAGUGCAGGCACUGAGCAGGGUGCGGCCAGGAACUGUGGAACAUUUCUGUUAGAGCUCACCAAAGAGCUGCCUAAAGAAAUGACAGGAGCUAUGGCAACAAUUCAACCCUACUUAGAAAGUGAUGAGUCAUACACAUUGCGCAUUAGUGUUCUUGGAAUGAUGUGUGAACUACUAAGCGUGGAAUUGACUGGUGAAGGACUCAGUGAUGAACAAAGGAUUCAAAGAGAUGACUUUCUUGAUGACCUUUAUGAUCAUAUGCAUGAUCUGUCCGCAUAUGUGCGUCAUAAGGUUCUUCAAUUCUGGAGUCGUUUGCAAAAGCAAGGCUGUGUUCCUGUGGCACGUGUGCACAUUGUUUUGGAGAGAGCUAUUGGUAGACUGCGUGAUAAAGCUGCGUUAGUAAGAAAAGCUGCCAUACAACUUCUUAAGAUAUUCUUGGAGUACAAUCCAUUUUCUGCUGAUCUCAAAGUAUUAGAAGAGCAAUUAGAAAAAGAAUUGAAGAUAGUAGAAGAUAUUCAAAAGAAAUUAAAUCCUGGUCCUGAUCCUGAGCUUGUUAGGAAAUGGGAAAAAAUUGAAAAAGAUGUAUUUAAAACAAUAAAAGAGAAAAUGGACACUCUUACUCAAGAUGAACCAGAACUGUCACAGGCCACUGUUGAAAACUUAUAUGAGUCAAUAAGGCAAAGUUUAAAAGAUAAACAUUAUUAUAAGGCAUUCUUGAUCGUCAAACACACUGAACGGCUGUAUCCUAACGCAAAGAUGUUAAGAUGUGAUAUGCCCAAAAGUGAUCAGAUUGAAUACUUUGUAGCAUUAUUAAGAAAUAUAUUUGUAAUACCAGAUCGCAGACAAUCAAUGUCUCUCACACAACCGUGUGUGAAUGAAGCAGCAUUACUCAAACAAUUAGAAGAAAAAGAGGCUUUAGUUGCUUUCCUUCAAGAGUCAGUUCACUUCAGUAGAUUACUGUCUCAUGCAGUGCCUUUGAUCAAUUCUUUAUUGAUGUCAAAACAAGCCGGUGAUGUCAGUGAAGCGAUAGACUUCUUUACGGCGGCUCAUCAUUUUAAAAUAGAAUCUGCUCAAAUUGGCGUGGCCAAUAUGCUAAUGCUUGUUUGGUCACCCGAUCAAGACAAACGCGAAGCAGUAGAACGUGCGUACCGCAACAUGUACCUAGAGUGCGAGAGCAAGCCGGAGCGUGGCCGCGCGUACACGAUCGCACAGAGCCUCACGUCGCUCGCGGCGCACGUGGACCGCGGCAGUGCACUCGCGUUGGAGCAUCUUGUGGAUAAGUGGGUGGCCAAAGGGGAUAUCACGCCUGCUAUUAUACAGAUAUUCUGGGAAAUGUUUUUGAAGAAGAUUAAUGGAACCACGGACAUGGAGAGCUAUGCUGCAUUGUCGUUCCUGGUUAUGAUAGCAAAAGCUAAGCCUUCAGUGGCUCUUGCAAAUUUAGAAGUUAUUCAAACAUAUGGCCUGACUGGCGAUUACAAUUCAAGAAAUUUGAGCGCUCAGCUAUUGAUGGCGCUCUCCAAGAAAGGGCAAAGAUAUCCUCCUGAUCAUGCCAUAUUCACAACUUUGUUUGAUAGCCUGAUGGAAACAUAUAUGAAAUUUAAUAAAUUUGUAUCAUUCGCCGGCAAUUCUAUAGACUUCAUUUAUGCAGUCUGUGAUGUUCCCGAUGUGGUGUGUGUAAAGAUUUUGGCCGAAAUGUAUAAAAAGCUAGAAGAGAAUAUGGAAAAGGAUGGUGAAGAGGAAUCAAGUAUGCCUACAGAACUGUUAACGAGAUUCGUAUUUGUGCUCGGACAUGUGGCACUACAACAACUCAUCUAUCUGGAUAUCAGCGUCUAUAGUGAAUUGCGCAGGCGCAACCAGGUGCGGGAAGAAAGAAAAGCGGAAGAGAAGAAAAAGAAGAAGAUGGGUGCGUUCGCGACACCCCUGCGUCGUGGGCGUGCGGACGACCUGCGGCGACAGACGCUCAUGAACGUGAGCAACGCGAGCGCGUCCUCGCGCGGCCAGCGGGCGGCCAGUGUCACUUCCAGUAAACAGACCUCGGCAAAUACAACAAUGACGGAGGACGAAGCUGGCUUGGAAGGCGCAGUAGCGGAUGACGCGGACGCGGAGUACGUGCGCGGCGUGUGCGAGCGCGACGUGGCGGGGCCGGGCACGGCGCUGGCCCGCUACGUGCCGCUGCUGCGCCACCUGCUGGCCAGCGCGCCGCGCUGCCCGCCCGCGCUGCAGGCGGCCGCCGCGCUCGCGCUCACCAGGUUCAUGUUGGUGUCGAGUUCUGUAUGUGAGGAUGGUUUACAACUAAUGGUCACUGUGUUGAAGAGAUCCAAAAACGUUUCAAUGAGAACAAAUUUAACGAUUGCUUUUGCUGAUCUCACGCUGCGUUUCCCAAAUCUCACCCAGCCAUGGACACAUCAUAUCUAUCACAUUUUAAGCGAUGAAGAAUUAGAAGUUCGUCAGUGCGCUGUUAAAAUGCUGUCCUUCUUGGUUUUACACGAAAUGGUCCGAGUCAAAGGACAGAUAGCAGAUAUGGCGCUCUGUUGCGCAGAUAAAGACCCGAAUGUUGCGUCCAUGACUAAAUUAUUCUUUAAACAAUUGUCACAGAAAGGAAACGCAUUGUAUAAUGUAAUGCCCGAUAUUAUAUCGCGAUUGAGCGACCCAGAACUUAAUGUACCCGAGGAACAAUAUAGAAUUAUUAUGAAGUAUAUAACAUCUCUGAUACAAAAGGAUAGACAAAUGGAAGCACUUGUAGAAAAAUUAUGCCAAAGGUUUAAAUUAUCUACAGAAGAAAGACAAUGGCGGGAUCUUGCGUAUUGCCUCUCGCUGUUCACGUAUAACGAACGGUCUCUCAAGAAACUUAUAGAAAAUCUAGACUGCUAUAAGGAUAAACUGCACUGUAAAGGAGUAAUGGAAUCAUUUACUACACUCAUGAAUAAUACCUCCAAAAUGGCUAAAAAUGAGAUAAAGACUCUUGUAACAGAACUGGGCGACAAGAUAGAAGAGUGUUUCGCGGUUCGUGAGAACGAAGAUGGUGAAACGGAACAGACUAACGGUGAAGAGGCAGAAAGAGAAGAUGUUCCCAAAGCGACGCCGAGGCGGAAAGCUGCACCGAGGCGACAAAGAGUGCGCUCUGAGAGCCCUGAUGAGAAUGAACCUCCAAAUAAAGAAAAUAUGUCCCAGUCUGUAAGGAAAUCUAAAAGGAAAGUAACUCAGAGAACAAGAACAGCUACUAAUGAGUCAGAUGAAUCAGAUGAUGAAGAUUUUCAAAAGAAAGAUGAAGAAGUUUUCAAAAAACCCGCCGCUAGAAAAGGGUCUAGGAGAAGAAAUUAAAACCUAAUUUAUUUUAAGCAUUUUAAUUAAUAUAAGAAAUAUUUCAACCACAA